AUGGGACCGUCGGCCGCAAGGGGCGAAGGCGGGUUCGAGCGGGGGCUGGAUCCAACUUUAGGAGGGGAUACCGGUGUGGUACCUGCCGAAGGUACUCCGAUGCCCAAGUUAGGGACUAAGAGCGAUUUUAUUGACAGUGGAAGCACUAAUCAAUUUCGAUGUGGGACUCGUGGGAGUGUCCUCGGAGGUCGACACGUGAUUGUGACAGGCUCUGGCAGGAAUUCUGAGGCAAUUUGUCAGAAUCAGAUUGAUGUGAUGGUUGGUCGAUCGGUAGACGAUACCGAAGGUUGGCGUAGGUAG